AUGAAUCCUUCCAACAGUUUACAUGCCGUCGACCUUCUCGACGAUGUCGAUCAUCUCCUUUUUUUGUGUGAUCGUCUUAGUAAUCGGUUACUUCAAGUGAAUUCCUACGUCGAAGAAGUCAAACAAAUAUGGAUAAAUAAACGACGUGCCAUUGAAUCAGAUUCUAAUAUAUCACCGAUUAUUGUUCAAAAAGUAUCGAAAUGUAAUCAAGUUUUAUUAAAUGUCGCCGAAAAACUAGCCAUUGUUGAACUACAAACCGAAUCAUUACAUAAUCUUCAAUCUUCAAUUCAAAAUUUAGCUACAAAUAAUAUGGAAAAAAAUGAAGCGAGUUCUGUACCGUCAUGUCUUACUAAUGUAUCAAUACGUGGUUCCUCGUCCAUACAAACUGCUUCUGUCAGAAAUGAAACUGUCAAUACUGGAAUUCUUUCACAACGAAAUUUACCUUCAAAUACAGGAGGGCGCUCAAUAAAUGAUCAACAAAUUAACUUCGGUAUUCAGGGUCCAUUACAUGUUGCUACAAAUUCAUCUACAAAUACAUUUGCACCAAGAAAUACUGCACCAUUAUUCCAAGAAAAGAUUCCUGUAAAACAUCAAUCACCUCAAGUUCAAUCUGCUUUUCAUCGACCGCCAGUUGGUCAAAAGGAUACUGGUAAUAAUAAUCAGCAAAGAGGAGCUGCACUACAAAAUCUCCUCAUUACACAAAUAUCAGAUCAUCAAGGAGCACAAAAGCCAAUACAAAAUGGUACAAUUCAUGGUUAUCAACAACUAUCAUCAAAUCCUACUGUACCACGAUCAUCAGAUCUGCAUCCAUCUCGAACAUUAAGUGAAUCCAAUGUAAUCAAUGGUAAAAUUCGAGUUAAAAUGCAGGUUAUUAAAGCUAAUACUACAUGGCAUAAUGCUGAUAUACCAAUUAUUGAUCACCCAUCAGCAUUUUUUGUUUGUAAUCAAGAUCCACGUGUUGCUGAACAAUUUAGUAUACUAUCAAUGGAAAUGAAUAAUUACUACAAUAAACCAGUUAAUACAAGUGUACCAUUGAAAAAUCCAACUAUUGGUGAUUUUUGUGUAGCUCGUUUUAGUGAAGAUAAUCUUUGGUAUCGCGCUCGAGUUGUUCUUAUACAAGAGGAAUCGAUACUUAUCGUUUUUAUUGAUUAUGGAAAUUCAGAAAGUAAACCAGGAAAUGAAAUUUUUCCAAUGCAAGAAAUAUUAGCUCGUUUACCAGCAAUGACUGUUGCUUGUACAUUAGCUGAAUCAUUUCCACGUAAUGAAAAUUUUUGGACUCCAGAAGCAACUCAAAUGUUCAGUUUACUUGUGAAAAAUCGCAUCGUCGAAGUUCAAUUUCAACAAGGCAUCGGUCAACAAUGGCCACUUCAUUUUGUUAAAGUUAUUCUCAAUGGACAAUCAAUAGCUCAACAUCCAAAAUUGGCACCAUAUUUAAUACCAGCUCAGAAUGAACAAAUUGCAAUGCAUUUUAAUGAUAAACUCACAUCAAUGGAAUAUAUUUUGUACAAUGUUGCCGUUGUUGAGUCAGAUAUUUAUAGUGAUACUCUUCCAUGA